AUGGCUGAGGUCAGUCCACUCGCAGAGCUCCUGGGGCAGGCGCUGUACCAAUUUACACUCAUGAAACCGAUGUUGCCAACUUACGGCCAUGUGAUUGCGUCAGCGCUGUUUCUGAUAUAUAUCGGAGCUCAUGCCUCACUCUCGAGGCCAAAUUCGGCUGCCAAACCUCCUAAAUCUGACAAAGAUGCCCAGAGCGAGUCAGAGGAUGAGGAAGAAGAGGAAGAAUGCCAAAAUGACGACAAUAUAAAGGAAGGUCUCUCUCCGGGCGAUGCUAUAAUGUUCCCUUUGACCGCUGGUGCUACCCUUGGUGGCCUAUAUCUGAUCAUCAAAUGGAAGGGAGCUGAACUCUUGAACAAAAUACUCGGGUUUUAUUUCUCUCAAAUAGGUAUUUUUUUCGCCAUGGCUUUUGUGAAAGAUGCUCUCUCAGUUUUGAGGUCUUUUGUCUUUCCGCGCAAGUAUACAUCCGGUGGGCGGACUUGGAAACCUAGACCGUCUGAACGCAUCUUCUCAGCCCCGACCAGCUCAGAUGCUUCACUGGCAAAUGGCGUACGGCAGUCUCCUUUACCAGGGGUAUUCGGCUCAAUUCCAUUACCUUUAUUUGUUCUGAAGGGACUUUGGGCCUGCCGCGCGGCCCUCUAUUGGCGUGCGAAGCUUCGUGUCCACAUACAUCGCAUCCUCCAUUUCGAGUCCUCAUUGAGCGCCAUGGAUAUCCUAAGUGGCAUUUUGUCUUUACCUGCAGUGGCCUAUUUCGCGUUUAUUUCGAAACCAUGGUGGUUAACCAACUUUCUCGGAUUCUCUUUCUGCUAUGGUAGUUUGCAGUUGAUGUCACCAUCGACCUUCGUCACCGGCUCUCUCAUUCUGGGCUCGCUUUUCUUCUACGAUAUAUACUUUGUUUACUUCACCCCUUUGAUGGUCACAGUUGCAACGAAGCUCGAUGUUCCAGUCAAACUCUUGUUCCCUCGUCCGUCAGAUCCUACUGACCCUGCCGGUGCUGUUUCUCUGUCGAUGUUGGGAUUAGGUGACAUUGUCAUCCCCGGCAUGAUGAUGGGACUGGCCUUACGAUUCGAUCUAUAUCUUUACUACAAGGCGAAGGGCGCCCUGAAAUCACGGUUAGAGAGCGAAGACUCAGGGGUCAUCAAACCGACCUAUCAAUCAGCCACAGGAGGAUGGGGAGAGCGCUUCUGGGCACCAGAAACCCGUUCAAGCGAAUCAGAAUUGGAACCCCCCUAUCGCGACGCCCGCUCCUUUCCUAAGACGUACUUCAAGGCCAGCAUUGUUGGGUACUCGUUUGGAAUGACUUCAACUCUUGCUGUUAUGCAAAUUUUUAACCACGCACAGCCGGCUCUCUUAUACCUGGUCCCAGGAGUAGUAAUCUCAUUAUGGGGCACUGCCUUGGUUAAAGGUCAAAUUCGCGAGAUGUGGGAAUUUGAUGAUGCCGAAGAUGAAGAUGAAGACGCGAACAAGAAGAAUAGCGAAAGCCGGGAGUCAUCUUCAGACCACAGCCGGGGACUCUUCGCUCGCAUAUUUUCCAGCUCCGAUAACGGCAACGGGUCCAAGAAUUCUGACGAAGUCUCUGACAAAAAGGAUAACACCUCAGAGACCCCAGAGGGAAAAGCUGGUAAGACCGAGGAGAAAUCCGAAACCAAUGACAAGGAAAAGCCGCAGUCGGAUGACAAAAGUGAAAACGCCAAGACGCUGGAUCUAUUUUCAGUCUCAAUAUACGUCCCUCGCAAGGCAGGAUCACAGAACCCCGAAUCUAAAGGGGGCACUGCUGAAUCUGUUCCCGAUGAUGAACACUGUUACGUUGGCGUUGGUAAACAGGACAACGAGCCCCCUACCAAAAGGCGACGUCGGAGUCCUAGGAUAGCAGCAUCACCUGAUAAAUAA